AUGGCGUUAGUAAUCGAAAUAUCAUCUCGGUGCAAGUCUUUGGAAGCAAUCAGUUUCUUAAACAUCCUGAAUACCUUAUCGAAGCGUCUACAUACAUUUCUGCGAGGUGGUAAACGCUGUAGUUUCGAUAAAUUGCCCAUCAUUGGAGGAACAAGGCCGGUCCCCAAUCCGAGCGUUGAUCCUCCCCAGAACUACCAGUCGGCAUUUACAUUGCAUCGCGUUGCCACCGGGUCUUUGUGUGUGUUGGUAAUGCCGGCCAGCAUUGACCCCCCAAUUGUCGCUCCCAGAAUUGCUCUAUUAUUGCUGUCCCAGUUGUCUUCAGAUCAACCCGGAGAGGAAUUUUUAGCGAUCAGACGUAGCCCACCCAUUAGAACUAUCGGCCUAGGCAGUGAGAUUCAACUAAACCGUAGCGGCAGCGGCACUGUGAUUGCUAUUGAUGUGAUGAGGGUGUACAAAGAGGAUCUGCAAAACGAUCCCAUCUUGGAAUUCAAAAGUUUACGACCAAGAACAGUGCUGGGAAGCGAGUGCUGGAAACGAGUGGUGGGAAUAUUCGAUCCUUUAGAUCUUGAGUUACUAUUUCAUCGAGAGUAUAAAACCGUGGGAAAUAGGGGAGUUAUGGAUACCCCUUCCUGGAAACCCUCUCUAAAUUGUGAGAAGACCUGGCUGAGACUAGAUAAGGGAAGAGUUGAUGGUAUGGCCGUGGCAUUUACUUCUGCAAUAUCCUAUACCCUCUACAAAGGAGACAAUUUACGAAUACCAAGUGCAACAGCCGGAUGUUUUGGGGUUGUGCCCACAGUUGUCACAGCUACUGUAACUAUCGUUACUAGACCCACAGCGGCAGCAGUCCCAGUGGCCUUCGUUGACCGUAAAAGAAGAUUCUGCAACACGUCGGUUGACUGGGGCACUGCUGGUGGAUGGGAUCGGCAUCGGGGUGCUGGCUGUUCUGAUUUCUUAAGUCUGUUCCUUAGAGGGGUUGAAAUAUUAUUUUCGAGUACUGCUGGCACACAUUGUUAUCAGCCGAUAUUGGACAAUAAGAUCAAAUGCGUGCUCGAUACCCACAAGAUUAAAGGAGUUGUGUAUGAACGAUGCAACCGAAUGGGUGAUCACAACACGAUUAUUCGAACAAAACUGGGCAAAGUAAAACUGCCACCAAUUCUAAACCCACUUCAGCCUUUCCUCUUGUUCCCCAGCUUAUCUGCUGCGGAUAAAAUAAUGAUCAGCUCUCCGCCACGACAUGUCUUUCUAGCGUGGAGAGUCAAGGCCACAAGCAGUAGUACUGCUUGUAUAAGUUCGACCUUGAAUGCCACCAUAAAUUCAAUAAGCGCAAAUGGCUGA